CCAUCAAGGAUCAGGUUAAUGCAUGGGUCCAUAACUUCUGGGUUUGUCACUCAGUAUAUCAUGCUCUGGAUUCUUUUAGUGCUCUGGCUUGAAGACAAGGGCCUCAAAAUGCGUAUUGAAGGGGAAUAAAUGAUGCCUGUUUUGCACGCAGUAAUCGUGUCAUGUCCUGGACAAGGCCAUGUCAAUCCACUGAUGAAUUUUGCAGAGCUGCUGGCCAUGCGAGGAUUUUUCAUAACCUUUGUUACAACUGAAUGGACGGAUCAGCGCCUUUUAGAAGCAGCUUCCAAAGAUGCAGCUGCACGUGACCGUGAGUUUCAAGAAAGGGGCUUCAAAUUCCGGUUUUUAACUAUCCCAGACGGCUUCAAGCCGGAAAAGGGCCGAACUUCCGAUAUUGGUGAGGUUUUCCUUGCGCUGCAAAGUUUGGGCCCUACUUUGGAAACUGUUUUAAUGGCAGCAGAUAAAUCUGUACCGCCAGUCACUUGCAUUAUUUCGGAUAGCUUUUUAUCCUGCACAGCAGAGGUAGCUAAAAAUAUUGGGGUACCCAGAGUUCUCUUCUGGACUACUUGUACUGCAUAUGCCAUUAUUCAGACAAACGCUAACUUCCUUCUUUCUCAAGGCUAUAUCCCUGUCAAAGAGGAGGACUUGAAAUCCAAGGAGAAACUAAUUACAUGUCUUCCUGGAAAACUCCCACCUAUAAGGCCAACAGACUUACCAUCCUUCUACAGAGAACAACACAUCUCUGAGCUCAUUUACGGAGCCUUUCUCCAUGAAUCUCGCAUCCAAAAGAUAGCAGAUUACAUACUAGUGAACACAUUUGAUGAGCUAGAAGGAGGCAAAGAAGCACAAAUGGGUCUCAGCAUUAAUGGAUGCCCUGCUCUGGCAAUAGGCCCUGUUUAUCUUCCAAACUUCUUACAGGGUAGGAAUUCCAUGUACAGCAUGUGGGAAGAGGAUAAAACCUGCCUCCAAUGGCUAGACGCCCAAGCGCAGGGGUCUGUGUUAUAUGUUUCCUUCGAUAGCAUUGCUGUAAAAUCUGAAAAGCAAUUGCAUGAACUGGCUCUUGGACUAGAGGCUUGUGGAUACCCGUUCCUGUGGGUGCUCAGAUCAGAUAUGGCACAAGGCAAAUCCGUGGUUUUACCAGAGGGCUUCAUCGAUCGAACCAAGGAUCGAGCCUUGAUUGUUAAUUGGACGAAGCAGUUGGAGGUUCUUUCCCACCCAUCUGUGGGAGGAUUUUUUACACAUAAUGGGUGGAAUUCUACCAUGGAGGCCAUCAAUAUGGGAGUUCCUAUGAUUGGAUGGCCUUAUUUUUCCGAUCAAUUUGUUAAUUGUAGAUUUUCCAAAGAUGUAUGGAAGGUUGGCUUGGAUUUGGAAGGUGUUGAUUCAGAUGAAUACAAAAUGGUGACAAAAGAGAUAGUAGAGAGUACAAUUAAAAGUUUGAUGAAAGGUUGUGUUGGAAGGAAGUUGCGAGAAAAUAUUCUGAAGUUGAAGGAGGCUGCAACCAAUGCAGUGAUGGAAGGAGGGACUUCUCAUGCAAAUUUAAACACCUUUGUAGAAGACAUGAUAAAACUAGCCAAAUCUAAAGUGUGAACUUAUUGAAAUAAUGACAUUUAUUCUCUAUAGUAUAUUUUUAAUAACUCAAUAUGUUGAUUGCAAGAGUUACCUAGUAGUAAUUUUUUUAAGUUGGAAUCUUUUCAUACUG